CAUGAUAUUCAGGUUGAUGUAAGAUUGCAUCAAACUUCACGUUAUAGGUCAUUGAUGGCAAUAUUCAGAUCAGUAGCGUGUAGAGCUUCUGAAAGUGAGGAAACAUAUAAUUUGACGGUUGAGAAAGCGGAUGAAUUAAUUGCAGACAUUGAAACCAUGUUAAGCGCAAAAUUCAAUAUGCCUUGUUCAGAUACUAUUCAAGAAGAAAGCCCCCCCGAAAGCUUUGAAGUGGAUGGUGUAGCGGAUAAAAAUGUAGUUCAAGCAAAAGGACUCAAGAGAAGAGAGCGCACUAGCAAGGGACGAAGGCGGAUAAAAGGUGGUUUGGAGCUUGCGUUGGCAAAGAAAAAUAAAACAAGUUCAUAUAAUGCUUCUCAAACUUCCAUGUCUGUUACUCCUCAAACUCCUCCCUUAUUUUCGGCAAGUGCUCCUGAAGCCCCUCCCUUAUUUCAUCAGUCGGCUCCUUUAUUUUCAAGUGCUCCUCAACUUCCUCCAUUCUCGCCGAGUGUUCCUGAAGUUAGAGCUUCUUCGUCUCAAUUUAUGUAUCCCGCCUAUGAUCCAAGUUUUCCUCAUCACAAUAUGCAUUUUUCCAUGCCAUCAAUGUAUUCCGUCCAUGGAACCUAUCAAGCAUUACUUAACAAUGCAAGUAGUUAUCACUCGCAAGCCUCAAAUAGUCCCGCAUGUAGUGAAGUACUAUAUGCUCGUGGUCGUGGGCGUGGGCGUGGGCAUAUGGAUCACACGUCAACAUCUUAGCGUUAUUUUGUUUUGGGAAUUUUUGUGAAUUUUUUGUUGGAUAUGUAAUAUUGAAAACCUUUCAUGAAACUGUUGCUGAAAUGUUGCUAUAAUGGAGUUAAAAUGUUCCUGAAUUUGUUGCUGAAAAAUUGCUGAAAUAGAGUUGAAAUAUUGCUGAAAUAGAGUUAAA